UUUUUGGGGUACCCAAUGCCUCUCCCCGCGUUACCACUACGCCCCCACGAGGUGGCCGCCUGCGUCGACUCCCCUCCUUGCCGCGCCUCCACCGGGGAGAGCUUCCCAGCACCCAGACCUCGACCCCCUUCUCCCUGCGCCGUCUUUGUCUCCCCUGCCUCCAGAGACACCGCAGAGAAGCCAUGUGGACACUCCGCCCAGUGCUGAACCUGGGCAUCAGGUCGGGUCCCGCGAGCCUGAGUCCAGUGUGCGUCGCACGCCUCAGCGCCGCCGCAGCCCCUGAACAGCAAAAGCCGAAGAAAACCAAGUUUGGCCCUCUGAAGGAUGAAGACCGCAUUUUUACGAACCUCUACGGCCGCCAUGACUGGAGGCUGAAGGGCGCCAUGGCACGGGGAGACUGGUACAAAACGAAGGAGAUCCUGCUCAAGGGGCAUGAGUGGAUCCUCAACGAGGUGAAGGUGUCGGGGCUGCGAGGACGCGGCGGCGCCGGCUUCCCCACCGGCAUGAAGUGGGGCUUCAUGAACAAGCCCUCCGAUGGACGGCCCAAGUACCUGGUGGUGAACGCAGAUGAGGGCGAGCCCGGCACAUGCAAGGAUCGAGAGAUCAUGCGCCACGACCCGCACAAGCUGAUCGAGGGCUGCCUGGUGGCGGGACGCGCCAUGGGAGCGCGCGCCGCCUAUAUUUACAUCCGCGGCGAGUUCUACAACGAGGCGUCCAACUUACAGCUCGCGAUCAAGGAAGCGUACGAGAAGGGGCUGUUGGGGCACAACGCGUGCGGCUCGGGCUUCGACUUCGACGUGUUCGUGCACCGCGGGGCCGGCGCGUACAUUUGCGGCGAGGAGACGGCACUGAUCGAGAGCCUGGAGGGCAAGCAGGGCAAGCCGCGUCUCAAGCCUCCCUUCCCCGCCGACGUCGGCGUGUUUGGCUGUCCCACGACGGUUGCUAACGUGGAGACGGUCGCCGUGGCGCCCACCAUCUGCCGUCGCGGCGGGGAGUGGUUCGCCGGGUUCGGACGCGAGCGAAACUCCGGGACGAAGCUGUUCAACAUCUCGGGCCACGUCAACCACCCGUGCACGGUGGAGGAGGAGAUGUCCAUCCCGCUGAAGGAGCUCGUCGAGAGACAUGCCGGCGGAGUGCGUGGCGGCUGGGACAAUCUGUUGUGCAUCAUCCCGGGGGGCUCGUCCACGCCGCUCAUCCCUCGUGCCGUGUGCGACGAGGUCCUCAUGGACUUCGACGCUCUCGUCGCAGCGCAGACCGGCCUCGGCACGGCCGCUCUCAUCGUCAUGGACAAGUCGACGGACGUCGUCAAGGCUAUCGCUCGCCUCAUGGAGUUCUACAAACACGAGAGCUGUGGGCAGUGCACACCUUGCCGGGAAGGCACGGGCUGGAUGAACACGAUGAUGUGGCGCCUGGUGGAUGGCAAUGCGCGGGCCGAGGAGAUUGACAUGCUGUGGGAGAUCAGCAAGCAGAUCGAGGGACACACCAUCUGCGCGCUGGGCGAUGGAGCAGCCUGGCCCGUUCAGGGCCUCAUCCGUCACUUCCGCCCGGUGCUUGAAACGCGCAUCCAGCGCUACCAGGAGGCCGCCGUGCGGAAGGCAGCGUCAUCGUCAUAACCUCGUCACUGCCACCGCCCUGUUCCCCCUGCACCCCCCAUCUCCCCCCCCACCUGGCAUGGCAGUCCAUCAGCCAGCGGUGGGAGGGGAGGGAGUGGAGAGUUGGGGAGAGGGAGGGAGGGUGGUGGCGCCCGCUUCCAAAUUACGGAAAAGCAGAACACCACGCACGAACGCACACGCGCAUGCACACGUACGUUGACCCAAAUAUGCACGAUUCCAGGCCCUGGUGGGGAGAACGUGACAGUCGUGUACAGUGGAAAGAGAGAGAGUGACGCCAACGCUUUAGGUUUGCUUUCGCGGAUUCUCUCCCGUGCGUGUUUAUCCUCUGCUCGUCGACAGUUGCCCCCGCGGUGUGUGUGCGUGUGUCGCGUAAGUAGAGCCGCUAGGGGCACCUUUAAUUUCGUGUUCGUUUGGUUUGGGUUUGUUAUUGCGGAACGCGCGCCCGGCACAGCUCGGCAUGCACGUGCUCCCUGGACGGUAGCGAUCGUCCGAUUCCAUCAGAGUGCCAAGCCGCGACGUAACCCCAACCCGGGUCCAGUCUGCGGUGCCGGGGGCGGUGUCAGCCCCAGGCUACUUUAACUCAGCUCCCUCCACUGCAGCCACUUCACGCCCUGCGGUCGCGUCUGAUAAAGAAGUCGCAACCCAAAAAAACAAAUGGUUCUUAUCUUGUGGACAAAGAGGCCUUUCAGCUGUUGGCAAGCCGUGCGUGGCUUGAUCCACCUCGUUCUGUCCGACACCCGAGUUUGGUGGGGGGGGGUUGUUUGGGGUGAUUUAUGCCCCCCCAAAUAGGGGGCCCUGUUCAUCCCCUGAGUGAUCGUGCAACCUGCUCCUUGGUGACGUGGGG